GGUUAUGAUGGCUUUGAGGAGUUACGGAAAUUUAUCAAACAAGGAAGUGAAUUCAGCAAGGAAAUAUCUGUUAUUUUACAGGAGAGAUCCGAAGCAGAACUCACCUAUUCUAAAAGCUUGAGUAAAAUUGCUGCUAAACUGCUGAAAGUGUGUGCCGGUGGUAUUGGCACCCUGUCAGAAGGAUGGAAGUCGGUUGGUACAGUAAUGGAGCAGGAGGCAGACUUGCACAAAAAUCUAAGUAUUGGUUUUGUGGAAGACAUCAGCAAACCUUUGAAAACUUUUGUAGAAGCACAGAUCAAGGCUAGAAAACCGUUGGAGGCAGCGGUUGAUAAAUCAUAUAAAAACCUCAUGGACAGAAGAGCUGAAGAAUUUAAAUGCAAGAAGCAUGCAUAUUCUUGUUGCAGAGACUACGAGAAAGCAGAAGCUUCUGUAAGUGAGGCUAAAUUAGGGAAAGGAAAGGAUGUUGGAAAGGUUGAGAAGAAAAGCAAACAACUGCUGGCACUUCUCAAGAAGGCUGACAAAGAGUAUACUGAUGCAUGUUACAAAGCAGAAUUUGCUCGACAGGAUUGGGACUUGAUAGUUGCUAAAGCCAGCUUGUCCAUGCAGGAGCUAGAAGAGGAGAGACUAAGAACUAUGCAAGAUUACCUGAACAAGUACAAUAGCCAUGUUUCUGUUCUUCCAUCAAAGCUCUCUCAGUAUUUUGACAGCCUCGGUGGGGUUGUAAAAGCUGUUGACAUUCAGCAAGAUCUCAAAACAAUAGUACAGGAGAAAGGAAUGAAAGAGGCACAUCGGCCGGAACAGAUAUUGGUAGAUAGUUAUGCUGAAGAUAGCCAGGUGACAAUGGACAAUGAGAGGAGAAAAGAUGCACUGAAAAACUACCUAAUUCACUUGCACCAAUACAUUGAAAAAGAGAGAAAGGGAAAGGAAGGUGUUCAAAAGCUGGUUGAGGUCUAUAAAAACAAGCCCAGCUUUGCAGAUGCAGACGCACAAGAAGAGACACGACAAAGCUGCAACAGUCAUUAUAAGAUCAACGGCAGCCUAUGCAGGAUUGAAGGCAAGACCAUUCCAGCUAGUACGUUUUCACAGUACAUUGAAACCCUCAGGGACAAACAGAAUCUUCUUGUGAGUACCUUGCGUCUGCCAAUGAACAUAGCCCUGGAGGGAAGCAACGAUUACUUGCCGAGCCAUCCGGCGAAUGAUUACUAUCAGGAACUUAAUUUACCAGAAGAUGAAUUCAUUGAUGAAGAAUUCCCAUCUCCAACUGUGAUUGGUCACUGUAAAGCUUUAUAUGAUUAUGAUGCAGCCCAAGCUGACGAACUGUCAAUCAGAAUUGGUGAUGUAAUAAGUAUCUAUGAAAAAAUCGGUGACGGUUGGUGGGAAGGUGAACUUCAUGGCGUUCGAGGAAUCUUUCCCUCUACAUAUGUUGAAGAAUGUUGA